AGCAAUAACCAUGCCAGCAGUUCGCUGUUCACUUUUGUGGUUGGUUUCUUCUCUUUUUCCGUGCUCGAGGAAGUACAACUUCUAAAUGGAACUUUCUUUGUGGUGUUCCCUUCAUAAAAAGUAAAUACGUGUUUAUAGCACAGUUUACUAUUAAAAUACACUGAAAGUUCAAGAUGAUGAAAUUCUCAUCAUUGAAACAUCCGACUCAAGCACGUUACAUUUAAAAUCGUCAAUGAUGAAGAACCCUUCGACGUCGCCUAAAACGACAUUAUCACUCCUUAAUCACAUUAAAUAUGAACACCUCAUAGCGGGAAUCUCAGGAGGGGCCAUUUCGACACUCAUUUUACAUCCUUUAGACUUAAUGAAAAUACGAUUUGCAGUUAGUGAUGGCAGAACGACAAUUCCUCAAUACAGUAGUUUGACGAGUGCAUUUUACACUAUUGUUAAGCAGGAAGGAGUUAAGGGUCUAUAUAGGGGUGUAGCUCCAAACGUUUGGGGUUCAGGAAGUGCUUGGGGUUGCUAUUUCUUAUUUUACAAUUCUAUAAAAAAUUGGAUUCAAGCUGGCGAUAGUCAGUAUCCUUUAGGACCAACGCUGCAUAUGUUGGCAGCAGCUGAGGCUGGUGUGCUGACUUUACUUGUUACAAAUCCAAUUUGGGUGGUAAAAACUAGGCUGUGCUUGCAGUAUGGACCAGAAGCAACUCUUUCUACUAGAGAAUGUUAUAAAGGAAUGACAGAUGCAUUAGUUAAAAUUUAUAAAACAGAAGGUGUACGGGGUCUAUAUCGGGGUUUCAUUCCGGGGAUGUUUGGUGUUACUCAUGGGGCUCUACAGUUUAUGACUUACGAAGAAAUGAAGACGUUUUAUAAUCGCUCUAGGGGAAUUCCUUUUGACAAUAAGCUUACAACCGGAGAAUAUUUGACAUUUGCGGCAGUUUCUAAAUUAAUUGCGGCUGCUGCUACUUAUCCAUAUCAAGUGAUACGAGCACGUCUACAAGAUCAGCACCAUCGUUAUGAAGGGACAUGGGAUUGUAUUAAGAAGACUUGGAAAUAUGAGCGGAUGCGAGGCUUUUACAAAGGAUUAGCGCCGUACUUACUUCAUGUUACUCCAAAUAUAUGUCUAGUCAUGCUUAUCUAUGAAAAAUUUACUAACAAUUAGAGAAAAGUUCAAGACUUAAUUUUUCAAAUAAUGACAAACUACUAAUAAUAUUUAAAAAAACCUAGUAAUCUAACUAUUCAAAUAUGUAGUUGUAUGACAUUAAAGAAGAUGAUGUUUCAAAUUUUGCAUUUUUUAGUUUUUUCUUAAACUUGCAUUCGUUUUUAUUAAAAAAUAUUGAUUAUGUCAUAGAUUCUAAGUAUUAAUAGGUUUAAUAAAACUAUACUUUGUUUUGUUCUUUAGUCAAUUUGUUACAUAUCAGAAAUUUUAAUAGUGAUGCAUAAAUGAGUGAGACUUUAAUUUGUAUGAAAAUAAAUAAAUAUGAAGAAGCAGGGUUCAUCAAAUUAUUUUUCUAUUUUAAUGCUAAGAGAUUGAGGUAUUGUCAUUGUCAUUGAAAGAAUAAAUGUGAUAUAUAA